UAUUAUUUUUUUGUCUUUUUUUAAAAUUAAUUUUUGUCCUCAUAUGCAUUUAUGUGCCUGGACACAUGGAAGGAUGCCCUCCCCUAUCAGAAAAACAUGCUCCCUGACUCCCUCUGACAGAUCUCGAAAUCAUUUGACCUGAAGCACGUCUGCUCGCACCAAGCCAGGAUAAGAACCUGUGGCAGGUAUCAGGGAUCUCAAAGGAAACAGCAGCACAAAAAGAGGACAAAAAUCUUAAAACCUUUAAAAAAAAAUCUUCUCAAUGAGAUUAUCUUAAUCAAACUUUGUCACGGAUUACAUCUAUAAGGUAUCACUGAUAAGAAAACCAUCUAAGAUUCUAUCUCAGAUCUUUGGCACCAUGGCUGAGCGGCAGGACUACCUGGAGGACGGAAGCCCUCUUAUCAAAGCAGCCGAGUUGGGCAAGAUGCGUCUGGUUCGGCUGCUGGUGGAAGGGGGCGCACAAGUCAACGAGCGCAACCAACGAGGUGAGACACCUCUUCUAGCUACAUGCCGAGCACUGAGGGCUGACCAGUCUGGAAACACUACCUCUCUGAGGCUCAUCCGUUUCCUUCUCCAACACCACGCUGAUCCCAACGCCCAGGACAAGUCUGGACGCACACCCCUCAUGUACGCUUGUAUGGAGCAUGCUGGAGCCGAGGUGGCUGCAGCCCUGAUUUCUGCUGGUGCUGACCCUAGCAUGGAGGACUAUGCUGGUGGUUCUGCCCUGGUCUAUGGCAUCAACGCCCGUGACCAAGAUACUAUCCAUGUGUUGCUUGAUGCUUGCAGGGCUAAGGGGCGUGACAUCAUCAUCAUCUCCACAGAUCUAAGCACAGGUGGUGCCACUGUUAGCCAACGCUAUCUGAACAUACCUCUGUCACCUGACACCUCACCUGUCACCUGCAUGUCGCCCUCUGACAUUGAGCUCAAGACAGGGUCACCAAACUCUGAGACUGAGGGAGAGGGUAUCUUCAAUUUCAGAGCUUCAGGAAGGAAGGGGAGCAGAGCAGCCUCACCUCUAUUUCUAGAACACCUCAGUUGCACGUAUGAAGAAAGGAUUACGAAGGGAGCUGUGCAGAAAGAAGAUGAUAAAGAGGUGCAGCACAGCAGCCAUGACUCCCAUGCUCGGCAAGUGGAUCUGACUAGCUCCUCUAAAGCUGCCAACCUCAAACCUGGAGGAACGUUUUUCAGGAACCAUGCAGAGAAUUUUGCUCCAGCAACUCAAGCACAUCUACAUAAUCGACGUAACACUUUACCUGCUCUUCCUGGGAAGAAUUUACUUCAGCUUCCCACCUUAUCACUCAAUCUCUCCAGCUCAGACACACACCUACAUGACCAGCCUUGCAAUAUAACACUACCGCCAGUUCCUACCAGCAGAAACCUCCACCAUUCCCCUAGCAACACCAGCUCCUGCUCUCUGGCACCUCCAGCUGCUCAAUGCGGAUUUAACACCAUGAGAAAAUGGAAACCACAAGAGCAGUUAAGUUUAAAGCCCCAGGCACGUAAUACUACCUUCUUACCUCCUCUCUCAGUCAGCUCCACUGCAAACACAUCCACGUGCUCUUGUGGUGACGAGGCAAGCACUGCUCCAAAAGCUGAAGAGACCAAAGGCCAUAGACAGGAAGGCACAAUCGGAGGUCGGAGGCCUCCACGUCGCCACUCCAUUCAGCUGGAGCAGAUGAGACAGGAAGGUGGUACUGACAAGAUCCUCUUCAUUUUGUGAAAGUCAAACCUCUGAAUACCGCCACACAACGCAAGUAAAACUGAGCAAGUACACUGAUGAAUAGAAAAGCACACAACACAUGUAUUGGUUCUUUAUAAUUAUUCAGAUGCGAUAUAAAGGAACAUCAAAUAUGUGUUGUAUAUUAUGUGUUUAAAGAUAUACAACUGUUUAUACUUUAAGCUUAUCUUUUAACUUUGAAGGUGUGUGGGAACUUUUGUAUACCCUUAGGACAAAUUGAAUAAUCUACUUGAAUUGAAAAAGACAUUAAUAGUGUUAGGUUUUUAAAAAAUGUAUUUAAAUAUCACAAAUAUUUUCAUCUCCUAUUCUGAAUAUAUAAAUAUUCUCUAAUAACUUUAUGACUGGUCCCUUGAACAUAUUUUGCCCUUCUAAUGUAAUUUGUCCAUUGGCUGUGCACUCAACUUUUGCACUCAACUGUAAGUCAUGAUUCAAAGUAUAGUAAAUCACAUUAAGGUUUUGACUGAUUUAUUUAUUUUUUUAAAAUGUAAUUAAAUUAUGUAAAAUAUACCACUCAUAAACCUG